CAACCUGGCCGAAUCCCGGGUCCUUAAACCUGCGGCUGGGGGACCACAGCUCGGCCUCUGAGACCCCUGGACUCGCACGUACUGUCUUUGCUCAGCUGCUCCCGUCGCAGGUUUUUGAAACAUGAGUCCUUCAAUCUUCCUGACUCUCUUUUGCUUGGGAAUAGUCUCAACUGCUCCAAAACUUGAUCACAGUUUAGAUGCACAAUGGAACCAGUGGAAGGCAACACAUGGGAAACUAUAUAACGAGAAUGAAGAAGGCUGGAGGAGAGCGGUAUGGGAGAAGAAUAUGAAAAUGAUUGAACUGCACAAUCAGGAACACAGACAAGGGAAACAUAGCUUCACCAUGGCAAUAAAUGCCUUUGGUGACAUGACCAAUGAAGAAUUUAGGAAAUUGAUGAAUGGUCUUCAAAACCAGAAGCACUGGAAGGGGAAAUUGUUCCAAGAACCUCCUUUCCCUGAGAUCCCCCCAUCUGUGGACUGGAGACAGAAAGGCUACGUAACUCCUGUGAAGGAUCAGGGUCAAUGUGGUUCUUGUUGGGCUUUUAGUGCAACUGGUGCCCUUGAAGGACAGAUGUUCCGGAAAACUGGCAAACUUAUUUCACUGAGUGAGCAGAACUUGGUGGACUGCUCUCAGUCUCAAGGCAAUGAGGGCUGUGAUGGCGGCCUAAUGGAUAAUGCCUUCCAGUAUGUCAAGGACAAUGGAGGCCUGGACUCAGAGGAAUCCUAUCCAUAUCUCGCAAGGGAUGAAUCCUGCAAAUACAAGCCUGAGUUUUCUGCUGCCAAUGACAGUGGUUUCGUGGACAUUCAUAAGCAGGAGAGGUCCCUUAUGAAGGCAGUGGCAAGUGUAGGGCCCAUCUCUGUUGGUAUAGAUGCAAGCUAUAGCUCCUUCCAGUUCUAUGAAAAAGGCAUUUAUUAUGAACCAGAAUGCAGCAGUGAAGACCUGAAUCAUGGUGUUCUGGUGGUUGGUUAUGGCUUUGAAAGAGCAGAAUCAAAUAAAAAUAAAUAUUGGAUCGUCAAGAACAGCUGGGGUACAAAUUGGGGCAUGAAUGGUUACAUCAACAUGGCCAAAGACCAGAACAACCACUGUGGAAUUGCCACUGCAGCCAGCUAUCCUAUUGUGUGAGAUGAUGGUGAUAAAGACAGAUGUGAUUAAGG